AGCUCUUAUUGCUCUCUUCAUGUUGCGUACUACGCCCCUUGUUGAUAAAAACGACAGCAAUCAGCUGUACAAUUAAAACCUUUCUUUUAAUACGUAGGAAAAUAAGGAGCCAGGACGCUUUAUAUAAAAGCUGUUGUAACUGGCUAAAACCAUGCAAAAGUAUGAGAAGUUAGAGAAGAUAGGAGAGGGUACCUAUGGGACUGUUUUCAAGGCUAAAAACAGAGAAACGCAUGAGAUUGUGGCCCUCAAACGAGUGAGAUUGGAUGAUGAUGAUGAGGGGGUUCCAAGUUCAGCAUUACGAGAAAUUUGCCUCUUGAAAGAACUGAAGCAUAAAAACAUUGUAAGGCUGCAUGACGUCCUUCACAGUGAUAAGAAACUGACAUUAGUGUUUGAGUAUUGUGAUCAGGAUUUGAAGAAGUACUUUGACAGCUGUAAUGGUGACUUGGAUCCAGAGAUUGUCAAGUCCUUUAUGUACCAGCUAUUGAAGGGUCUUGCUUUCUGCCACAGCCGAAAUGUUCUCCACCGAGACCUUAAACCACAAAAUCUGCUCAUCAACAGAAACGGUGAACUGAAGUUAGCCGACUUCGGUUUGGCCAGAGCGUUUGGAAUACCUGUACGCUGUUAUUCUGCUGAGGUGGUGACGUUGUGGUACAGGCCUCCAGACGUGCUGUUUGGUGCUAAGCUCUACUCUACCUCUAUUGACAUGUGGUCUGCAGGGUGUAUAUUUGCAGAACUGGCAAAUGCAGGACGGCCCUUAUUUCCUGGUAAUGAUGUGGACGACCAGCUAAAGAGGAUCUUUAGGUUGCUGGGAACGCCGACAGAAGAACAGUGGCAAACUAUGAAUAAACUUCCAGAUUAUAAGCCGUACCCAAUGUACCCAGCUACUACAUCACUUGUGAAUGUCGUCCCGAAACUCAGCAGCACUGGCAGAGACCUACUACAGAAUCUUCUGAAAUGCAAUCCAGUACAGCGAAUUUCAGCAGAGGAAGCCCUACAGCACCCUUACUUUGCUGACUUCUGCCCCCCGUAAAUGUCAGAUCACCACAACACCAUUUAGGAACACAGAUGGGCCAGUCUUACCUCGUAAAAACCCUUCAACACCUCCAGCGUUCAGUUAUCUUUCAGUUUGAGUUCGGAUCACACCUGCGAUAGCAGGAUAGAGGGACCCUGAAACACUCCUCUGUUGAAAUGUUUAUGAUUUGAUAAUGCGGAUAUGAUUAUGAUAGUAAUUCUCUCUAAUGCAGAAAGUGGUGCUGGUAUCCCGCAUAAACCAUGUUCCAGAAAUCUCCAAAAAUAUUUUUAUGGUAUUAGUCUUUUUUAUUAUUUAAAGGAACAGUUCACCCAAAAAUGAAAAAUCUGUCAUCUGCUUGUUGUUCCAAAGCUGUAUGAGUGUCUUUCAGCUGUUGAACACGAAAGACGAUAUUCUAAAGGAUGUUGGUAACCAAACAGCCAUUGACUUUUAUAGCAUGGAAAAAAAUACCAUGUAAUUCAACAGCUUCCAUCAACUUUUUGGUUACCAACGUUCUUCAAAAUAUCUUCUUUCGUGUUCAACAGCUUAAAGCAAGUCGUACAGGUUUGGAACAACUUGAGAGUCAGUAAAUGACAAUUUUCAUUUUUAAAGGGACAGUUCAUAUAAAUAAGGUGCGUAAAAUUCUUCAGCAUACAACUGAAACUACCUGACGGUGAGUAAAUGUUGACAGAAUUUUCAUUUUUGAGUUAUUAUUGUUAAAACGGAAGAUAGUUACCAAAAUUUCUGAAAUCCUGGCCCUACAUGAUUCAUUUAGUUGCCAAAUGUGCUUCAUAGAUCUUUAAUGGUUUACAAAAUGCUGCCGUGAAGACUACUGAAAGCAGCGUUUUCUUUUUUUUUUAUUUGUCAAAGAUCAAAUGAGCAGUAUAAUUUAAUAAGGUACAGCGCACAUACUUGAUUUACCUUAUGUUACGAUAUAUAGUAUUUAAAAAAGUUACUUUUCCACUUUUUUUGUGUUGUAUAUUCAGUAAGAGUAGCUAUGGGGAAAAAAGUGUAAGUUAUCACUGUGCGACUGUCAUUUUGCCAUUUUGUAUGAAUGAGAUUUUAGUAAUUUUAAGCAAUUCUGUUAGUGGUUUUUUUAUUUUUUUUAUUUUGUGUUUUGUUCCUCAUAAUUUCAGCAAAUCUUGUAUUGCAAAUGAACUUUUUCAAUAGAAUACAUUGUUUGGAUAGGGUCUGUGUUCACAUAACCUGACUCUUUAUACGAAAGAUGAAUAUUUUCUGAUAAUUUACUCACCCUUAAGCUAUCUAAGAUGUAAUUGAGUUUGUUUUUUCAUCAGAAUAGAUUUGGAGAAAUUAGCAUUACUCUUGCUUACGAAUGGACCCUCUGUAGUGAAUGGGUGCUGUCAGAAUGAGAGUCCAAACAAGUUAAAAAUGUUUUAAUAAUGGAUUUGUUUCUUACAAACACACAGAUUUUGGCUUGACAAGAUGUUGAUUGAUGGAUUGGUGUUGUGUGGAUUACUUGUGGAUGUUUUUAUCAGCCAUUUGGACUCUUAUUCUGACGGUACCCAUUCACUGCAAAGGAUCCUUUGGUGAGCAAGUGAUGCUAAAUUUCUCCAAAUCUGUUCCUGUGAAGAAACAAACUCAUUUAUGUCUUGAAUAGCCUGAGGUGAGUAAAUAAUCAGGAAAUUUUCAUUUUUCAGUUAUGUUUCUUUACAAAAGCUUCUUUUGUAUAGUGGACCACAAGAUUUGCCUUCAACAGUCUGAGCAAUAGCUAUGUGUAAAAUUCAGAUUUGCAUGCCAGUGUUGUCAUUACACUACAUGUGAUGUUGCACAUGUGUACCUUAUGGAAGAGUUGGGUCCGAUGGCCCUGAAGUAUGUGAAAUAUAGGAUAAGACUUACAUUUACCCUCAUUUUUGCUUUGCAUUUCUCAUCAGCUGUAGAUGUACAGUGUUAGAAAACAUAAUCAACACCACAACUUUCAGGCCUUUGGUAGUGAUUAUUAUGUUAUGGAGCAAGUAAGCCGAAAAUAUAUUUAUCUGAAACCCAUUUAGAUUGCAUUGAGAUAGUGAGCGGUUGCAUUUUUUGUUUUUAAUCACUGUGUGAAAAUGCUUUUAUUUAUUCAUAUAGUAUGUUAUAAAUGAAUAGGCUUAAGUUUCAAAUUAGGUUGAUUUGGAGGCUCGGUAAGGGACCAUUCCUGACGUAUUUGGAUGGAUAUUUCAUGAUUAAUCUAGCAUUGUUUAAACACAGUACUUAAAUGUUUUUAUUAUGAAUAAAAUAUAAGAUUUGUUACAAAAAUAAAAGUUGCUGUAGUGCAUAAAGGAUAUUAACAACAAACUUAUGUUUCAAGAAUGUAGCAGAACUCCAACCCUCCAUCAAGUUAUCACUGAUUAUUAUUUUUCAUGGUGUACUUUGAUUAUCUGCAAACCGUAUGUAAGAAAUUGAAGAAUUCUGCACCGGUUUAUUAAAAAUGUUUUCUCAAAAACAGAAAGUCUCAUAAAUGUCCCGCAUGAGGGAAAUCAGGACGGGCUGUUACACAGAUGUUAAAGGGUUAGUUCACUUCCAGAAUAAACAUUUCCUUAUAAUUUACUUACCCCCAUGUUAUCCAAGAUGUUCAAGUCUUUCUUCAGUCGAAAAGAAACUGAGGUUUUUGAGGAAAACAUUCCAGGAUUUUUCUCCAUAUAGUGGACUUCAAUGAGGAUCAGCAGGUUGAAGGUCUAAAUUGCAGUUUUAAUGCAGCUUCAAAGGGCUGUACACCGAGGAAUAAGGGUCAUAUCUAGCAAAACGAUUGGUCACUAUCUAAAAAAUGUAAUUUAUAUGUAAAUAAUAAUUGACGAUGGACCGUUGAAUUCUUAGGAAAAUAAUGCACGCCCAAGGUGGGAUGCGGCCACGACGCGAAGCGGCUAUACAUUAUUUUCGAAGAAUUCAACAGACCUAAAUCAAUUAUACCGCUUAUACUAUGUUUACCACACCUCAGGACAUCAAUCAGAUAUAUUUUAAGGCAUUCGUCUGUUUUUUGUCCUUAAAACGCUAUUGUGAGUAGGACUAAUUUCUUACGCAUCUCAUCCAACGCCUCAGUUACUAAUUCCAAAACGUCAUUUUAGACCUAGUAACGGAGGACUGAGCCGUUGAUAGCACACUAUGCAGUUAAUAAUGAAGUUAUUAGACAGGAAGACAGACGGAGAAAGAUUAAGCUUGUGAAUUAUUUAAUUAUUAAGCUUUUAAUAUUUAAUUAUUAUUAAUUGUUUUUGUUUUUUUUUCUAGGAAAUGACCAAUCGUUUUGCUAGAUAAUAAGACUUAUUCCUCAGCUGGGAUCCUGUAGAGCCCUUUGAAGUUGCAUUUUGGACCUUCAACCCAUUGAUCACCAUUAAAGUCCUUUAUAUGGAGAAAAAUCCUGUUUUCCUCAAAAACCUUAAUUUCAUUUUGACUGACAAAAGAAAAGCAUGAACAUCUUGGGUGACAUGGGGGUGAGUAAAUCAUCGGGAAAUUUUUAUUUUAGAAGUGAACUAAUCCUUCAAGCUGGAAUGCUCUUGAUUUGGUGUUGACUUUAAAGUUGAGGACUGUUUCACAGGUAUCUGUGCACAUUUUCUUCCAACAGAGCAAUAAAUUGUCUAUACAA